CUUUUCCUCUGCCCUAUGUGUCCUUCGGCUGACCCAGAGGAUAAGCUUCUCCGCCGCGCUGUUUUAUUGAUGUUACUCGCCGGCAGCCUCGCCUCGCCCUGCCUCAGGCUCCUCGUCGUCGCCGCCGCGGUGCCAGUGGCGCUGCUGCUCGCCGGGCUCUCCGUCCUGGUGGCGCUGCAAGCGUGCACCGUCGCCCGGGUGUUCCGCCGGCGGUCGGCCAGGUGCAGAGGGCGCGGAAGGGGGUUGUCGACGGAGGAGGUGCGGAGGCUGCCGUGCUACGCCUUCCGGCCUCCGCUGGCGGCGGCCGAGGAGGAGGCGGAGCAGUGCGCGGUGUGCCUGGAGAGGUUCGGGGCGGGGGAGCGGUGCAGGCUGCUGCCGCUCUGCCGGCACAGCUUCCACGCGCAGUGCGUCGACCCGUGGCUCCUCACCGCCCCCGUUUGCCCCAUUUGCCGCACCCGCGCGGGCGCCGCCGCCGCCGCAAAGCAUUCGGAAUACCACGACGAAAAUAAUCUAGAGGAGGCGGAAGGUAUCGACGAUCAGACGAAGAGUAACAUGAAUUAUGGCGCCUGGAUCAAAGUGAGGACGAGGCUCUGGAUAAGUCAUAUAUCUGAACUAGUAUGUCCAAGGCCCUGGAUAAUUCAUAUUUUGGAUGUAGUAUCCCCAAACAUAAUCGACCCAGUAGUGGAAACAAACAAAAGAAAAAAGAUUUAGAGCUUGUAAACCAUUUUGUAAAUUCACCUUAAAUUUGAACAAUACGGAAACUUUAAAUUUGAACAAGCACAAACAAGUUUAGAAGAUUAUCUGGAAUUUCAAUGAAAAGUAAAAGCCACAAGAAUUGUUCAUUGCAAUUGGAA